AUGAUGCUAUAUGAUGCUUGCUUUGUUAUCGAGUUUCUUUUUGGUGCGAUUGCGUUUGAUGUUGUUGAGUAUCAUCAUCAACGAAGGAGACAUUCACAAGAUGUGGGUGAUGAUGAUCCUAUUGUCAAAGUAACAUGGAUGAGAAGACAAAUUUGCAAUGGCUUGAUGCUACUUGAAAAUCAACUUUCAUUGUUUGUUAUAUCUGAAUUUUUUGACAUGAGCUACAGCAUGACUAUGUCCAUGACCCAAAAUCCAAAGCAGAAUCAUCCUAGCCCCACACUAACGGAGCUGGCUAUUCAUUCUGUUGCUUGCACGCUACCAAGAGAGAGUGACAUUCACAGAAUUAAUUUUGAAAAUAUGCCUCUUUCUAAAAGCAAGCAUUUUCUUGACUUGGUGCAUAAUGUUUUUCUUCCAUCCUCUGGAGAUGAUGAGUCAGAUGCCCGCCAAAACAACAACUCUAAGUUCGUUUAUAAUCAGAGAACUUGCUAUAAAAUGCCGUGUGUGAUAGAGCUUCAGGACUCUGAUGUCAAGUUCAGGGCUGAAGAGAAUGAUGAUGAGCUCAACCUCAGCAUGUUCAAUAUCUGCUUCGAACAUGGUCAUUUUAAAAUACCAAAGUUUAACGUUGAUGAUUGGACAGAAACAUUCUACCGUAACAUCAUUGCCUAUGAGCAACAUUCCUCAGAUCACGAACCAAAAUAUUUCUCCGAUUAUACAUACUUCAUGGAUCUACUUAUCAACUCCAAAGAAGAUGUGGACCAACUUCGUGCCAUGAUGUUCUUGACAACUGGCUCGGUGAUGACAAAGAGGUGGCACUUAUGUUCCAUAAGCUGGGUCAAGGAAGAAUGA